AGCUACGAGAUUGCAAUCAUAUUCCUUUACGUUCUCCACUCUCCAAAUCUACUUUAGUUCUCCAAAAAUGAAGGAAGUAGUUGUAUACAAGUUUAGAGUUUUUGAUGAAAGCAUCAAACCGAAAGUUAUGGUAGUUGUCUGGGGGUUUCCAGGAGUUACUUCGGUGAUAGAGGUCGAGGGAGAAGGUCAACUAGAGGUGAGGGGAGAAUUUGAUAAGCUUGAAAUGACAAAGGAACUAAAGAAAAUAGAUGAAUCCGUUGUCAUAAUUGGACCAGAUGAAGAAAAAGAUCCAGAAGUGAAUAAACCACCAACCAAUGAAGAAACUUUUUCCAAAACAGCCUUUGGAGAAGACAAAGCGUCUAUUGACAAAGAAGAAGUGAACAAGCCAUCCGGUGCUGCCGGUAGCUCAAAUUGGACAAUACCGGUACCAUAUGGGUUGUGGGACAAGACAAAAGCUCUCGGUGUGGGUGCGGCUAAGCAGGGAUUAGGUCUCGGAGCUGCUGCGGCUGAGAAGGCAAUAGUUAUCGGUGCGGUUGCCGGUAACAAGGCAUUAGAUAUUGGUGCGGUUGUGAUUGAGCAGGGGAAGUCUAUAGCUGCGGGUGCGGCUGAAAAAAUCAGAAAAAGAAAAGCGGAUGAGGAACAACGUGAAAAAGAACGUCAAAAAAAAGAAAAAAAGAAAGAGAGUGAUCUUCGCUACUUUGAGAAUCUCAAGAAAAGAGAAGAAGCACGGAAAAAAGAGGAAGAUGAACGAAAUGCCCACAUGGCGGAAAAGAGGAAGGAAGAUGCACGGAGAAAAGAAGAUGCACGGAGAAAAGAAGAUGCACGAAGAAAAGAAGAUGCACGGAGAAAAGAAAGAGAAAACACACAAGGGGCAACAGCAAAUACAACGGGCUUCACAGGAAGUGGUUGGAUGAAUACUAUUACUUCCUCAUUCCCAACAGGACUAACGAGUGCAUACACCACGCGAGACCCAAGUUCGACACCAACGGGUGCAUCCACGCGAGACCCAAGUUGGACACAAACGAGUGGAUCCACGCGAGACCGAAGUUGGACACAAUCAUAGAAAACGGAUUUUCUUAAUCCAUUAAAGGAUUAGCAAUACCGUGUUCUGGACUAGAUCUUUAUCUCACCUUCUAAAAUAAAGUUUGUCUCCUUGUUUGUUGUGGUGUUUAUUAAAAUAUUGGCUUUCUAUUGUUCUAGUCAUGUCUUAAGAUU